AUGGCACUCACUCGACCAUCCAGGGAAAAGGAUAGUUUAUCGAAUGAAGGCACUAAUGAGCAAAAAGAUUUAGGUGCUAAUGGGCAAAAUGAUGAUCAAGAUGGAGAUGCUAAUGAACAAGAUUUAGGCGCUAAUAAUAUGAGAUUGGACGAGCUUAUUUGCUGGAAUGAUGUAACAUUGCUUCAUCUUCUCUCUCGAGGCCAUAAUGAACAGCCUCCUAAUGAUCAAGAUGGAGAUGCUAAUGAACAAGAUUUAGGUACUAAUGAGCAAAAUGUUGAUCAAGAUGGAGAUGCUAAUGAACAAGGUUUAGGCGCUAAUGAGCAAAAUGCUUAUCAAGAUGGAGAUCCUAAUGAACAAGAUUUAGGGGCUAAUGCUAAUCAAGAUGGAGAUGGUAAUAAACGAGAUUUAGAAAAGCUACUGUUCAAGAUGGAGAUAGAACUGAUCACGAUGAAGGCACAGCUGAUGAAGAUGAAGCUACAACUGAUCAAGCUGGAGAGACAACUGCUCAAGAUGGAGGGGCCACUGCUCGACUUGCUACUGAUCGGGAUGAAUAGAAAUGAUCAAGAUGGAGACGCUACUGAUCAAGAUGAAGGCACAACGGAUCAAGAUGAAGGCACAACUGAUCAAGAUGGAGAGACAACUGAUCAAGAUGGAGACGCUCCAAUGAACUGA